CAAUGGCGCCGCCUUUCGCCCUCUCGCCGUCCGUCAACGCGACACUACCGGCACAAAUACUCGCUUCUACUACAUUCAGUGUACAACAAUACAGUCAUAUACUACGUCGUCGUCAAAAUGAUGGCCACAGAGUCUCCCAUUGUCCCACAACGUGCCAGCAGCAGGUGGUCACUCCCGUCGGACUUCCAGUUCCAGACCCGGAUACGAUCUCUAAGCUCGCAAUCACAAUCGUCGAAACCACACCUUGACAUCUCAAUACCAGAACUUCCUCUUUUUCUGCAGGCCAGGUCACACGCUCUGGCGGAACCCCAUAAACCGGCCAUCAUCGACAAGACGCGGAAUCAGAGCUUCACGUACUCGGAGUUGUUGAACGAUGUGGCCAUCUUUAAAGCACAGAUCGAGCAAUUUCUCCAGCCUCCUGGCCCCGUGGGGGAGGAGCCUCGCGUGGCUUUCCUCACACCCUCGGGGUAUGACUAUGUAGUCACGCAAUGGGCGAUCUGGGCAUCCGGAGCCAUCUCUGUACCUUUGUGCACAUCACACCCGCUCAAAGAGUUACAAUACACAAUCUCCGACUCCGGCCCUUCAUUAAUCAUCCUUCACCCGUCGUUCUCCAAAUUCGAAGCCGGUCUCCGCGAGCAAGCACCGACAAUUCCUUUAAUCACCAUCACCCCCUUCUCUCAAGCCCCGCCCAGCGGCGGCCGCUCGACCUCGCUGCUGCCCAAAUUCACCAACGCGUUCUCUCUGUCCCGCCGAGCCCUCAUCAUCUACACGUCCGGCACGACGUCCCGACCCAAGGGCUGCGUGAGUACUCACGAGACCAUCACCUUCCAGGCCCAAUCUCUCGUCGACGCGUGGAAGUACAGCCGCCAAGACCACCUCAUCCACGUCCUACCGCUGCACCACGUCCACGGCAUCAUCAACGGUCUCACCGCGACCUUGUUGGCCGGUGGGACGGUCGAGAUGCACCUCAGAUUCGACCCCAGCGUCGUCUGGACCCGGUGGUCCGAAAGAGGCACUUCGACCAUGUUCAUGGCCGUGCCGACCGUCUAUUCGAGGCUCAUCGACCAUUUCGACGGCAAGAUUCGGGGUACCGAAUGUGAGGCGGCCGCCCGACGAGGCGCACACGCGCUCCGGUUGGUCGUGAGUGGGUCCGCUGCCCUGCCCGUGUCGACGAAACGCAAGUUCGAGGAGAUCACGGGCCACGAACUCCUCGAACGUUACGGCAUGACCGAAAUCGGCAUGGCGUUGAGUUGCGGGUUGGAACGCGAGAAGCGGAUCGACGGGAGUGUCGGCUGGCCUCUGCCCGGUGUGCACGUUCGAUUGACCAGCGAAACCGGCAAGGUGAUCACCUCGGACGGUCAGGACGAGGCCGGCAACAUCGAGGUCCGGGGGCCGAGUCUUUUCGCCGAGUACUUCCAACGUGAAAAGGCGACGGCAGAGUCGUUCACCGACGACGGAUGGUUCAAGACGGGAGACGUGGCGAAGAGAGACGCCGACGGUGCUUAUUUCAUCCUCGGACGGGAGAGCGUCGACCUGAUCAAGUCCGGUGGGUACAAGAUUUCGGCACUCGAGGUCGAGAGGAAGAUCCUCGGGAAUGAAGUGUUGGGUGACGUGGUCAGAGAAGUGGUCGUCGUCGGCGUCGAGGAUGUCGAAUGGGGUCAGAGAGUUGCCGCCGUGGUGACUCUUCGAGAUCCGGACAAGUCACCAAUCGACCUAAAGACAUUUCGAAGUUAUUUGAAAGAAGACAUGGCACCGUACAAAGUUCCCUCGAUUCUAAAGAUUGUUGACUCCAUUGAAAGAAACGCAAUGGGAAAGGUGAAUAAGAAGCAAGUUCUCAAACGGUACUUUGAGCCUGCACAGUAAAGGUUUAACCGUCUACUACUUCUCUACGACUGAAUCUUAUGAGCCUGGAAAGACAAGGAGGUCUAGGUUCGAAAUACAAGUGACCCACACAGGGUAUCUCGUCACGGCGGUAUGGUGGUUUUAAGGAACAAUCCAAUAUGAUGGAAAGAAAAAAGCUUUGGCACACAGAGUACAGUGGUCG